UUCGUUUUCAUUACGCGACCAUUUCAAUCUGUGAAUUCGAUGUCGAUCACGUUUCUUCCCGCUUCCGUUUCCGAAAGCUGUGUAGAAAUAAAUAAAUCCAUAAGAUGGCCAAGUCCAAGAAUCACACAAAUCAUAAUCAGAACAGAAAGGCACAUCGAAAUGGUAUUAAAAAGCCUAAGAGAUAUAGGCAUGAAAGCACACUUGGCAUGGACUUGAAAUUCUUGAGAAAUCAACGCUUUGCGAAGAAACAUAACCUGAAACCGAAGGCCCAGUUAAAGAAGGCAGAACAACGAAAGGCUCUUCGUGAAGCUAAAAAUAAAAAAUAAAUUUAGUGUAAACUAAUGACUCUAUUAAAAUAAAUAAAAAAACA